AUGGCGGUCGCUCCACCCUACGAUGGGCCGCUCGAUAUUAAGUCUAAGACAAUCGACGUAGGCACCGGCACUGGAACUGCUUUGGAACGAUUGGUAGGAGAAGCGAACCCCGAUGAUGGCGUGGCGAGGCGCUUGGAGACCGUAGCUUGCUACGCUAUUGCUAUCUCAGCGGAAUCCUACUCAACAUUCGUGUUGGGCACCGAAGAAUUGCGGCGGGAACUCAGGGCUGUUCCGGACACGGGGAGCGGUACCAGGCGCUUGGUAGUGCUCCAUGGUCUCCCGGUCGAGUACACAAGUGUUCUCGGCGACGAGUACGGCGUCGAUGCUGGUUGGGUUGCAUCCUUGUCGGCAGGAAGAGGAACCCGGCGCCAAAGAGCCGGGAGGUCUCCUACUGUCCCUCUUAUUACCAGUUAUGAGUUCCCUGAACCCAUGAAGGGGGCUCGUGCGGAAUCCGAGGGCGUCGGUGGCUGGGAGCAGGUAGGAGGGGGUGGGACGGCCCGGGACUUAGAUUUCUCGCGCGGUCGCGUUUCCCGCGCCGCCGUCGAAACCUUGUUCUGCCGGGCUACUCUGUUGGAGGAUGUAAACGUGAACAUGUUGUUCCUGAAUCGUUCGAUUUCGAGCGAUAAGUCAUGCUUCCUCGAAAAGUCGAGGCCGGAAGACGCCGAAAGCUUCGAGCGUCGUCUCUGGCAAUAUCUGGAGGAGAAGCAGGAGCACUCCUUCAACCUUUCAGGAACGUUAGAACUGCUCGCCUACGAACAGUGGGUCGAUUUCUUCGAGGCGUUGCGACCAGGUGUGGAUAGUAGUUCCGGGGAGUUCACAGCUCUGUUUUGGCAGAUCCAGAGCUCCUUGGAGAGAAAUCUCAUCACCUCACAUGACCAAAGGACUACAGGCGAUAAUCCACUCCAGUUCAGGUGGAAGAGACUUUUAGAUCGUAGCGAGCGCUACAGACGACUGGUUGUCGAUCUACGAGGGUCGCCAGUGCAGGUCGACAGAUUGCAGCAGGAGCCUCCUCGCCAAGUUUUACCGUCCAGAAAAUUCGAUCUGUUCGACAGGCAUAGUAUAAGUACCGAAGACAACCAGCGAGGCUUGGACCGUGUGAGUUACCUGGGCGGUGUGCUUCUUCCGAUCUCAAUCGUCUCAGGCAUCCUGUCCAUGGGCGAGACGUUUGGGCCGAGAGGCGACAUGUUCUAUGUCUUCUGGGCCGCCGCCGUGCCCUCCACGAUCCUGACUUUACUCGUCAUCUAUGCCGACUCCAUACGUCAGGAGGUCGUCUGGGUUGAGACCACGGUGGCAGGAGCGAGCAGCGAGCAUGAAGUUUUUGGCCGCCGCCCCAUCUACGCGAGAAAGCACAAGAGACUGCAUAGGAGCUCGACACCGAAUAUAGAGCAGGGUGUUCCCUAUAGCUACUCGGAGCCUGUUACAGUGCCAAUUUCCGAGCGGUUCAAUAAUCCCGUGCCGGAUCACGACGUGCAGUCUGUCGCGUCUGAGCCGACCGCGGUGCUGCAGCAGAGGUUCGGAGGUGACAAGAAGCCAAAAGCGUGGAAGCGGAGGGAGUUGGGUUGGACGGGAGCUGCAAUGUGUAUAUUGCAGUUGUCCAGAGUCAAAAAGACACAGAAAUUGCCUUCAGGCAUGCGCAGAUAA